GCAAGGCAGAUGCCCCUCCUCUCUCUCCAUUCCGCAUUUCCGGGCCUGACCCUACCCCACCUCCUCUCUCUACCUCGUCCUCGUCAUCUUCUCCGCACCUCCCCCCUCCCUUCUUGUAGAGCCUCAUAAACAAGGGUCAUCAAAGAAAGGGAGGCGAACAGAGCGAAAGCAAAGCCGCCGCUGUCUGCACUCUGCAGCCGCGGAGCCAAUCAUACGAGGGGAGAUAAAGGAGGCGAGGCCUUCAUUCGAUUCGAUCGAUCCGUGUGGAGCAGCCAGCCGGAGGCGAUGCGGAUCCCGCGGCGGAAGGGCGGGGCGGGGCCGCUGGCGGUGGGGGCGCCCAGCCUCCGAGUGCAGGUGGCCGCGGUGUUCGCGCUCGCGGUCCUGCUGGGGGUCUCCGUGCUCUACGACAGCGCGCACAUCGCCGCCUCGCUGCGCCGCCACGGCGGCGGGGGCCCACGAGCGUACGCCAAGCCCUCCGGCGGCGCCUCCACCACCACAAGGGUCAGCAGCUACUGCGGCGGCGCUUACUUCUCGGUUGGUCGGCUGCUACCUAACACACUAUCUAAUCCUCGUGGUGGGUUCUCCGUGCAGGAGGAGGCGAGCGCGCGCGCGCCGCCGGCGCAGGGAGCGGAAUCAGCGGCGGCGGAGGGCACAGAUCGGGCCGACCCGCCCCCGCACCAGCAGCAGCGCCAGGAGGAGGAGGAGGAGGCCAUGGCGAAGCCUGGAGCUGCGGCGGGGAGCUCGCAGCAGGAGGCGGCGUUGCUCGAGGGGGUGGUGGAGGGAGGGGGUCGCGGCGGGGAGGAUCCGGGGACGUGCGACCUGUACAGGGGCCGGUGGGUGUACGACGAGGCCCGCGCGCCGCUGUACAAGGAGUCCGGCUGCGAGUUCCUCACGGAGCAGGUCACCUGCAUGCGCAACGGCCGCCGUGACGACGACUACCAGAAGUGGCGGUGGCAGCCCGACGGCUGCGACCUCCCCAGGUUUGAAGCUAAGUUGCUUCUAGAGAAGCUAAGGAACAAAAGACUGAUGUUUGUGGGCGAUUCGCUGAAUCGGAACCAGUGGGAGUCCAUGGUGUGCCUGGUCCAAUCAGAGGCUCCAUGGGACAAAAAGUCGCUUGUCAAGAAUGGUUCUCUGAAUGUGUUCCGUCUUCAGGAGUACAAUGCAACAGUUGAGUUCUAUUGGGCUCCUUUCCUAGUCGAGUCAAACUCAGAUGAUCCAGACAUUCAUAGCAUCAGUGACCGCAUGAUCAAGCCAACAUCUAUUGCCAAGCAUGCAGCAAACUGGGAAGGGGUGGACUAUUUGAUCUUCAAUACCUACAUUUGGUGGAUGAACACACCAAACAUGAAAACUUUGCGUGGUGGAUCUUUUUCAAGGAAACCGGUUAAGUACGGUGAAAUGGAACGUGUCGUUGCAUACCGGAAGGUCCUCAAGACAUGGUCUAGAUGGGUAGAAGAGCACAUAGAUCCGAAAAGAACAACGGUCUUAUUCAUGAGUGUGUCACCUGUACAUAUGCAGAGCGAAGGUUGGGGCAGCCCUAAUGCCAUAAAAUGCUUCUCUGAGACACAGCCGGCAAUUAAUUACACAAAAACAUUGGAGCUGGGCACGGACUGGGAUCUGUUCGCGGUGUCUCAGCGUGUGACAAAAUCUAUGAAGAAGGUGCCCGUGCACUUCAUCAACAUAACAGCAUUGUCAGAGAUCCGCAAGGAUGCCCAUACCUCUGUGCACACGCUGCGGCAGGGGAAGCUCCUGACGAAGGAGCAGAAGGCAAACCCAAGAAAGUUCGCGGACUGCAUCCACUGGUGCCUCCCUGGCGUGCCAGACACAUGGAAUGAAUUCGUUUAUGGCCACAUUGUGUCGAGCGCUCCGCGGCAGAUGAUCGAGGAUCAAUCUCACAGAUAACAGUGAAAAUGCCUAUCUGAGUUCUGGUAGCUCGUUUUAGUGAGGAAAGAUUUGUGAUUGAGGCCAUAAAUUAUUUUUUCUAGGUCUAGAAGUCUAUGCUGUUGGUUCACCUAGCAUUUGUUGGAAGGUAGGAUCACACUAUAGCAAAAACGUAGCUAUGACAGCCAAGGUCACCUGAGUAGCGUUAUCACACUAUCUGAAUGUGGUUGUUUGAGGGGAAAUGCUACUGUGCUUCUCAUCUGAAAACGGAUCGUAUCUCGCUGACACAUGUAUAUAAGUUCAUCAAUUUCCUUCAUGAGAUUGUUUA